CGCUCUGCCGGUGCAACCUGUGUAAAUGAAUGUAAAUUCAAUUUUAUUCCAUCUUUAUUCCCCUUGUUCCUUCCUUCCUCCUCCUCCUCCUCCUCCUCUUUGCUGUCUAUUUUUCUGUCUCUUUCUCUCUGGGGUGUCCUUGCUGUUUUUGUAAACAUAAUUGAAGAGUUUCGUCUUCUUUUUUCUUUUCUUUUUUCUUUUUUUUUUAACCUCUCGCCUCCAAAAUGAGCUUAUUAAUGUCCUCAGUAUCAUUUCUGUUUGCCUCGUCAAAUUCAUUUCUUUUCCUCUGCGUCCAUUUAAUUGAACCCAUUUAAAAAAAACACACACACACACAUAAUUAGCAUUUAAAUCUCUUUCCUACAGUCUCUUGCCCUCCCUACAUCGCUCUCUCUCCCCUCUCUUACUCUAGCAGACUCGACAUGUCUCAGUCGCUAAGGCAACCGAUGCUUUUUUUCUCACUUGCUCUCUGUAUCUCCCCCUUUCUCUCUGUCUCCCUCUCUCAUUCCCUCUCUCCACUGCCAGAGAGAGAGAUGAUCGGAGGAGCGGAGUCUCAGUGAACAGAGCGAAGCGAUGGAGAGAUGCUCCAUCUCUCCUGUCGCACGACCGACUGCCCUCGUCUCCCUCCUCCUGGUUGCUCUGGUGACACAGCCCUCCACCUGUAAUCGUGACGACACCGAGGGCGAGGAGCAGGUGGAUGCCCUGUCAGUCCAGCUGUCCGUCACCGCCCAGGUCACACCCACCCCUCUGUGGGCGGUGGUCUGGGGUCCCACGCAGCCGCUGGAGGAUGAGACUUACCACUUCCUCUCCAGCCAGGAAACUGACCCCCUUCACCAGCAUGGGAACCAGCAGGAGGCCAGCACCGCCACAUCCGAGGACUGGCCUUAUCCUGAUGCAAGCAUGCAGCCCCGAGAGGAGACGCCGCUGGAGUCCAAGGAGCAGGAGGGAGUGGAGGAUGGAGGGACGGAGGCGGAGGAGACAGAGCCUGAGGAAGUGGACCCUCAGUUCUACGUCACCGUGACCAUCUCCUCGCUGCUCAUCCUGAUGGCAGUCGUCAUUAUAGCCAAACUCUGUUACGAUCGCAGCUGUUCCCAGCAUCCGCCCCCGCUUUCCCGUGGCGUGGCACCCCCUCUCUCCCUCGCGCUCCCUCGUUCCCUCGCUUCGGAGGACAGUCGGCAGACGUUGCACAGCACCUCCUCCUCCUUCACCGACAGGGAGAGGAUCCCAGUUGUGAACCUCUGAGGUGACUGUUUUUCCAUAUGGUAAACAUUUCUACGGGGCCUGAGGAAGAGCAUCAUACGACCAGAGGACGUGCCUGCAGUGCUGUUUUAUCUUCUCUGAAACUGUGAAAUGAAUUCAGGGAUCCCAGGUAUCCAGCCAUCACAAAAAUCCUUGGCUUCCCUGAGGUCUAAAAAUCCCAAACUCAUCUCCCUGUUGCUCCCUUCUUCCUUCCUUCCUUCCUUCCUUCCUUCCUUCUUCUGUGCCGGGUGUAAAUUUCUUUAAUGUGUCUCUGCGUCACUGUAACCAGCUCCCUGUUUUCCUUCCUCUGUAUGGCCCCGAGCUCUGCAAAAGCUACCCAACCGCGCUGCGCUUCGACCUGCCAUGACUAAUUCACAAACAUGCAGUUAAACAGCCAUGCAACAUCCUAUUACUCCUGAAAUGCCCUACCUGUGCUUCCACAACUGUUUCCAGUGAUCCAGCUGCACACGUGAAACUGUUCAGUAUUAAUUCUAAUCCAGCAGACUGCUCUUUCAUGAGGUGAUGCUCAAAUUCAGCUCAGUUUAGAAGGCUUGUGUGUGGCUUGUAAAUGGUUAAAAAGCCAUUCUCAGCAUCUCCAAACACCGAAUGGGGUAUUUCACAAAGCUGUUUGGCACAGCUGUAGCCAACAGGCAAUGUGUUUAACAUGUCACGCUCCAAAAACUGCUGUUUAUUCCCAGCUUUGGGCGCCUGGAAUGCAAAUAGUGUGGCUUUUUUCCUCUGCAGUGUGUAGAAGAGUCUGUUUUGUUUCCGUUUUUCCUCAUGAUUUGUUCACUUAAUUAUCUGGCUGACGUUCACCUCUUUGCCAAGCCCUUGCGAGCACCCUUUGUUCCUGCUGGACUGUGUAGAGGUGUUUUAAGCGUCGAGUACUUCCACUGGUGGAGAUAAAAUAUUCAGAAUGGGAAUGGGUAGAAGAAGCAUUCCUGUUGAAAAUCAAUGAUUCCCAAAGGUUGUAUUUUUUUUUUCGAUGAUGCACAACAAAGACAGAUUUAUGCCUUCAUGGAAAUGAGAACUGUACAAGUGAUCAAAAGGACUGUCGUUACCACCACAAGGAAUUUUCUUUUUCCACCUGACAGCCAAGUAUCGCAAAUCUGGAAAACAAAACCACCAUCAUUUCGCCUCAUAUCACUUUCGAGUCACUCUUUAUCAGCUGUCUUGGGUGCACCAAAGGAAAGUAGUACAUCAAGGAGCGUCAUUUCUGUCUCUCCAAUGAAUCUGCAUGUAUACAGUAAGAAAACCUGUGAGAGUUGCUUCAAAUCUAUUAUUUAUAAAUGUCUAUUUUAUCUAUCAGUGAGAGAUGUCUUAUAGAACCUUUCAAAGCCAAAUGUCAGUUUGUGUUUGGCAACUUUUCUAAGCAGCUUUGAGACAUGAACCCCCCCCCACCACCACUUACACACAUUUCCACUACACACAUAGUGCUGGUGGCAUCAUGCGUGGCUCGUGCAACCCUCCGGAUCUCCAGUCUUGUGAUUUUUAGUAGCAUUCCUGUAGAAAUGUGGUUUUUCUGUACCAUGGAAGUUCAAUAAAGAUUCAACACUGGCGUUUUA